AAAACACUUUGAGAUAUUAGUUUUUAUUAAUUAUAAUUUGCAAAAUGGCAACUACUAAAUCUUUUUUAAUUUUAGUUUUUAUGAUAUUAACAACUACUAGUUCAACACUUGCUACGUUAGAAGAAAUGGUGACCGUUCUUAGUAUUGAUGGAGGUGGAAUUAAGGGAAUCAUUCCCGGUAUCAUUCUUGAAUUUCUUGAAGAACAACUUCAGGAAAUGGACAAUAAUAGAGAUGCAAGAGUUGCUGAUUACUUUGAUGUAAUUGGAGGAACAAGUACUGGAGGUUUAAUGACUGCUAUGAUUACUACUCCAAAUGAAAACAAUAGACCAUUUGCUGCUGCCAAUGAAAUUGUACCUUUUUACAUAGAACAUGGCCCUAAGAUUUUUGAAUCUAGUGGUAAAAAAUCAGGCCCAAAAUAUGAUGGAAAAUAUCUUAUGCAAAUUCUUCAAGAAAAAUUUGGAGAAACUCGUUUGCAUGAAGCUUUGACAGAAGUAGUAAUCUCAAGUUUUGACAUCAAAACAAAUAAGCCAGUAAUAUUCACCAAGUCAAAUUUAGUUCAGUCUCCACAAUUGGAUGCUAAGAUGUAUGACAUAUGCUAUUCCACAGCAGCAGUUCCUGUGUAUUUUCCUCCACAUUAUUUUGUUACUAAUACUAGUAAUGGAGAUAAAUAUGAGUUCAAUCUUGUUGAUGGUGCUAUUGCUGAUGUCGAACCGUCGUUAUUAUCAGUUAGCGUUGCAACAAGACUUGCAAAAGAGGAUCCAGCAUUUGCUUCAAUUAGGUCAUUGAAUUACAAACAAAUGUUGUUGCUCUCAUUAGGCACUGGUACUAGUGUAGACUUUGAUAAAACAUAUACAGCACAAGAGACAGCUAAAUGGGGUAUUAUGCAAUGGAUGUUACCUUUAAUAGAUAUGAUAAGUGCAGCAAAUUCUUACAUGAAUGAUUAUUAUCUUUCUACUCUUUUUCAAGCUAUUGAUUCACAAGACAAUUACCUCAGGGUUCAAGAAAAUGCAUUAACUGGCACAACUACUAAAAUGGAUGAUGCUUCUGUGGCUAAUAUGGAAUUAUUAGUACAAGUUGGUAAAAAAUUAUUGAAAAAACAAGUUUCCAAUGACAAUCCUGAAACCUAUGAGGAAGCUUUAACUAAGUUUGCAAAAUUGCUCUCUGAUAGGAAGAAACUCCGAGCAAACAAAGCAUCUUCUUAAUUUAAGGUCUCGAAUUGUAGUAGUAAUCUUAUUAUGCUAAAUAAUAAGCGCUUGUAAUAUUUAUGAUUGCGCGCAUUUAAAUAUUUCAACCUCAAAAUAAAAGAGGAGUUUGAGGGAUAAAUUUCAAUAGAAAUGUCUCUCUAUGUAAUGUGUGCUUGGAUUAUGUAAACUUUUGGUUGUGUUAAAUGUUCAAAUAAAUUAUGGUAAUUUUAUGUUAUGA